GAGAGGGAGAGAGAGCAACAGAGGAAGGGAGGAGGGGAUGAAGGAAAAGCAAGUAGCAAAAAAAAAACAUUUCGAAACAAAAGGACAACAGGUAUCUAACGAACACUGGAAAACAAAGAGAAGAAAAGGAUAAAGAAAAUGAAAACAAGCUGUUCAUGUGGAAGACAGACUACUGAACUCAAAGCCUGAGACAGGUGAAUACUGAACGUGUGUGAUAUUGUUUUGCUGUGUGUGUAAGUCUGUUUGCACGCAAAGAGUGUGCUGGUAAUUGCUUCAGUGACACGGACAAAGCUUCUAUGAGCAAAAUAUACACAAAAAACAGUACACGUGAGAGAUGGAGGGAGGAGAGGGGAGGAGAGCAGGAGGAGAACGAAGCGGCCGGCUGUCGGCCUUACAGGAGCAGCUGGUGUGGUCUCUUCUGGGAUCAGGGCUGUCAAAAGAGCUGCUGAUCCAGGCCAUGGGAGAUCUGGAGCGAGAACGGGCCUCGGCCGGUGCCGAGAGGAUGGACCGGGCCGAUGGCGAGAGCUCAGAGGAGGGAGACCUGGACUAUCCACCUCCUAUAAUCCGUGAGCUGGAGAGGCUGCCGCCGGAGGAGGCCGCGAGGCAGAGGGCUGAAGUUAACCAGCUGUUACAAGAGGAUCCAUGGCAUGUGGCUAAAAUGAUAAAGACCUACAUGCAGCAGCACAACCUACCACAGAGAGAGGUGGUGGAGUCCACCGGCCUCAACCAAUCCCAUCUCUCCCAGCACCUCAACAAGGGCACACCCAUGAAGAAUCAAAAGCGUGCCGCUCUGUACAGCUGGUACAUCAAGAAACAGGCAGAGAUCAGCCAGCAGUUCACCAAUGCCAGUCGAGGUGUUGUGUCAGGAGAGGAAUCUGGGGAUGAUGUGAGAAAGGGACGAAGGAAUCGAUUCAAAUGGGGCCCAGCAUCCCAACAAAUCCUGUUCCAGGCCUAUGAACGACCGAAAAACCCCAGUAAGGAGGAAAGGGAAGGACUGGUGGAGGAGUGCAACAGAGCGGAGUGUCUUCAGAGGGGAGUUUCUCCAUCUCAGCUGGCUGGCCUGGGCUCUAAUUUGGUCACAGAGGUUCGUGUAUAUAAUUGGUUUGCGAAUCGGCGUAAAGAGGAGGCAUUUCGCCACAAACUGGCACUGGACGGGCCCUAUAGCAGCCAAUCAGUUCCCUUGACAGGCCAGACGCUACCAUCCAGUCCUUCACCAGAUCUGAAGUACAGUCAGCCAGUUUUGUGUGAGAGUCUGGGCACAGUGAGGAGCUCCAGUGGUGAAGGCCGAGGUUGUCUAGCCAGUCCAGUCCAGCUUGAACCCAGCCAAACACUCCUGGAUACACACCAUCACAAAUCAGCUUCUGGCGGUGGCUCCUUACCUCCUGUCAGUACUCUCACUUCCCUGCAUGGAGUUUCAGGAUCCUCUGCUGCCCCUCCAGGACUGAUCAUGGCCUCCCUGCCAAGUGUAAUGAGUAUGGGGGACUCCUCACUUUUCAUAGGUUUGACGUCCUCUCAACCACAGACAGUCAUCAACAAUGUAGGGGGAGGUUUUACUACCCUUCAGCCAAUCUCAUUUCAGCAGCAUCUUCACACCUCACCUCAGCAGCCAACAGUGCAGCAGCUUCAGAGUCACAUUGGUCCAAGCUCCUUCAUGGCAACAAUGACACAGUUACCAUGCCACAUGUACAGCAAAGCAGACCUGAGCUCUUACCCCUCCUCCAGUCUCCUGUCCCAGGCUAUGGUCAUCGCAGACAGCAACAGCAUUGGGACACUGACUAACCUCACAGCUGUUCGAAAGAUUCUCACCUCAGAUCCUGAAGGUCACGCUGAAACUCCUAUUGAAGAGGAGUCUUUACAUCUGCAAUCCACUUCACCAGAGCCAGGGUCUUCAGGCAGUUUGGAUCUCUACCCUCAGACGAGUGACCCUCAUCCUUCUCACCUGCUCUCCUCUCCACCUGGAGAUAUAGACCCUUACAUCCCUACACAGAUGGUCUCUCCUGCCCAAUAGCUGCAACUACUGAUAGAAAUCCCACUGAGAG